AGAACAUGAGUGAGAGACUAGCAGAGAACACUCACGACAACUGGGCCAAGAAGAAGAAGAUUGAACUCGAGAUUGUCGGAGGGGGAGUUCACCCUCAGUUGGUGCCUUAUGAUAUACUUACAGACAAGGAAAAGAAAAAAGAUCGCGAACGAGCGCAAGAACUACUUAGAUUUCUGCAACUGAAUAACUAUCGACUUCACAGCGUUAUUGAUAGUUAUGAUGCUGGUAUCCCAGCGAUACCAGGUAGUACAAGUACUAGGCCUGGUGCAAGCAAUGAUGACAUUAACGCACAUGCUAAACGUGAGACCACUUCUAGACAGAGCAAAGACUCUGAGGCCGACAGUGGCGUAGGCGUCUCCUCCACGGAGAAAAGAUUUGCGUACAGUUUGUUGGAAAAGCUGCUGGAGUAUGUCGAU